AUGGAUCGAUUAGCUAUGCGUGGAUGGAUGAAUAAUACUAGAAGCUAUAUGAAACCAUUAGAGAUAAAUGAGAUUAUGCGUAGUAAUGCCAUCGGUGAGGUUGUUUUAUCUAAACAUCCAAAAUUUAAAGUUGGCGACAUAGUUCACGGAUUUCUAGGUUGGCAAAAAUACGCUUUAACUCAUGGCAAGGAUAUUAAAAAAAUCACUCCACCGCCUGGUGCUUUCCUUCACGACUUUCUCGGAAUUUUUGGUAGUACUGGCUUGACUGCUUAUUUCGGUUUACUUGAUAGUAAACCAAAGCCGGGAGACACAGUUGUUAUAUCCGGUGCCGCAGGUGCAACAGGUAGUGUUGCAGGUCAAAUUGCAAAAAUCAAAGGAGCACGUGUAAUCGGUAUAGCAGGAUCUGAAGAAAAAUGUGACUGGCUAGUAAACGAGUUGGGAUUUGAUAUAGCGUUAAAUUAUCGUGAUCCCGAAUUUGUAAAUAAAUUAGCCAAAGCUACACCACGAUAUAUCGAUGUAUAUUUUGAUAAUGUGGGUGGCGAUAUAUUAGAUCAAUGUUUAAAAAGAAUUGCUAAAAAUGGUAGGAUUGUUUUAUGUGGUGCUAUUAGUCAAUAUAACGAAGCGCAACCUAAAGGUCCUGCAUAUUAUACGGCUUUGAUUACUCAACGCGCCAAAAUGGAAGGUUUUAUCUUUAUGGAUUAUAUUAAAAGAUAUCCUGAGGCGAUUAAGGAUAUUUCAAAAUGGUUACAAGAGGGAAAAAUUAAAAGAAGAGAAUUUAUUAUUGAAGGAUUAGAAAAUGCCCCGGAAGGGUUAUUGAAAUUAUUCGAUGGUCAAAAUAUUGGUAAAAUGAUGGUCAAAGUUAGUGAUGAAAAUAUAAAAAGUAAACUUUAA